AUGUCCUCCCAAAUUUCACGCUCGACAACCAAAGCGAAACUUUCGAUCGAGCGAGCCGGCUAUCAUAUCAUCAAAGAUGCAGAGCAUUCGAAGGUCAAUAUUGGGGAGAACGAAUCGCAGCGAGAUAUGGGAAAGGGGAGACGAUUCGCCCAAUUCUAUAAGGAGGGAUAUAAAACGAAGACCCCAAACGGACUGGAUUUCGUUUACCAGAAUACCAUUGCAGAUGAAGAAAUAGGGCCUAUUGUACACUCCAUCAUCAGGCAACCACGCUGGGGAUAUCUAAGAUUUUACAGCACAAAAACACUUUCUGCUGACUAUGCGUGGUUCUUUCGCAACCACGACGAAUUCAAUACAGACGAACCUAUACAGACUCUGAUGGUGCAGUUUUGGUUGCCUGGAUCUCGGGUUGUCUUUUAUCAAGGCUCACAGCGACAAGCCUUCAAGGCGAAGGAGGAUCUAGAGAGCUUUGGUAUCUUCAGAACACCUCGAUCAAACAUGGAAAAGGGGGACAUUGUCUCUGCCGAAGAAGAUAUGCCAAAUGGGGGAUAG